GCAAGAGCGUCUGCGAAAUGGGACGCCACGGUAAAACGGGAUCUCUUUAAAAAAUCUACGGUGGUGCUUUGAAGUCACAAGAAAAAGUGGCAAAAUUAACAAAAUUAACUUUCAAAGUUAAACUGUUCUACUUCAAACCUUCGACCGCGUGUUACUUACUUUUAUAGAGGCUUUCCCAAGUGAAAUUCUCAGUGUUUGUGAUGGUUAAGUGGUUUUGAACAUGAUAGUAACCAUGGUGUACCAGGAUACACUCUAUUCGUUUUAUUAGGGCUAUUUAACUUGGGUUCUUCUUAUUGAGCUGACUUGACAGACAAAGAUGGGCAAAAUUUACGCCUAAAUAAACAUUUCGGAUAACGAGUGACACGCAUACAACUGAUAAAUGCAAUACAGGCUAAAGUCGACUGCUUCUCAUCCACCACUGGCUGGAUGUUGAUAAGAAUUCAAAUUACAGAAUUUAAUCAUUUUUCACGUUGGACAAAUAAAAGCUUCUUUAAAUGGUUGCUUAAAGAAGACCUGCAGAUUAGCCUUUACAACUACACAUAUUUGGCCCUCUAAGUCUCCAAUCGUUCUUAGGGUACGUUUUCCCGUCACGGAAAUGGGAUUCCGCCAAUGGUGAUCUAGUGGUCCACACGUGACGUAUCGCUAAUGCGUUUCGAAUCGAUCCGUCACGCGAUCCGCGAAUAACCGCUCAAAGUCACUGCUAGAACCGCGAGAGAAAGUGGAAACACGUGGAAGAGACUUCCUCGAUCGGAAUUGACCAAGUCGACUCGUGCUCCAGGCUUGAUUAAGCCGUUAUCAAUAAUCCAAGAGCGGAGGAUGAUUCGGAUAGGCGUAAGAGCGAUUAAUAGUGUCUCCCCACGAGUCGAUAUCUGCGCAAAGGAAUUUCACGAUUCCGUCACGUUGCUUUUCGCGGAUUAAAAGCCCGCUGGCGGAGUGAAAUCGGUCACAUUCGAAACGAGCACGUCGUCGAAGUGCUCCGCAACGAGUGGACGUGCGCGAACGCGAAAAGUUGAGUAUCCUCGAGUCUCGGAAGAGUAAGGUCGGUCAAUUACAGCUAUUCAACGACGCACGAGAAACCCUGGCGAACGAUAAUCGUCCGACGGAAUCGCCGACCGCUACGGAAACGGGGAGAAAGAUGAUGCGGAAAGGACUCAAUCCCUCAAAGCUCUUGCUGAGUGCAGCGCUAUUAGCGACCUGCGCGUCGCUCGUUACAUCGUCGUCUCUGAAUAGGGAAAGGCGGCACCUCGGCAGCGAGAAAUCUAGUCAUCGACCAAGUAGUGCCCACACACCGUCGAGUCGGAGUUUCAAGUCAUCGACCAGCAGGAGCAACGAGAUAACUACAGAACCCGGAAGGAAAGUGUCGCACCGACUAAUUGGAGGACACUUGAAAACCACUACUAACCGAGAACCAUACGAAGUGCUCUGGGACGACGGGAUUCUUCUCUCGUCGGCCGGAAACGGUCGCGAGUCCAAGCCUAGUCGCAAGGACGAGGACGACGAGAAGAAGACCCUCUCGCAGCAAGUGAAAGAGGGAAAGUACGGGCUUAUACAGAACGAGAUCUACAGAAAUCGACCGAAACGGCCAGGUAUAAUCAGUUACACGAGCAAUCCCGAGGUGCCCAAGGACACCCUCGAUAAUUUGGGUGGUCUCGAUGAGGACGAGAUCUGGCUGGCGGAGAACCACGUGCUCGUCCUCAGAGGCGGGAAAUUUCCUGGUCAUGAAACCACGCAGGGCAGCGGGGACGGCGAGACGACCUGGCCACCAAUCGAUGACUACAAAGCGCCCAGAAGACAGGUUAAGAUACCCUCUAAGCCCAAAGUACCGCCGCCCUUUCCGGUUCAACUCACGGAGGGUGGACCCAUACAGAUCAUCGGGCCGAACGGGACCAAGGAGAUCGGAAAUGGGACCGUGGACUUCAAGAAGGACCCACUGUUCGCGAAGGGACUGUUAUCAGAGGACGGCCCACUCUUUGCCAUUAUAUCGAAUGGAACCAUCGUAAUGUCCAACGAGGACACGGAAAACAUCACUUCCAGAGACAAUGGAGUGAACUCUGAUGUUCCGCCGGGCAAUCUUCCGCCAUUUUAUCACGCCAUACCACCAGGAGCCGUGUUUCUACCGCCGCCCAGUAAUCAAACGGAUUACGACGAGGAGGAUCAAUCUAUUUACUAUCCGCCGCCGUACAGCUUCCAGUAUCAGCAGGACAACACAACCGCGGUACCACCUGGUCCUCUGGUCCCUGGAAUCAUCCUACCACCCCCGCCAGACUUCUUCUCCCCUCUAGAAGACAAGAAGACCACCAAGAAGUACACCAAACGCCCUGGAACCACCCCGUUACCAAGAUCCAGACCGACGUAUCUGCCACCAAGGAAACUCACCACUAAAAGAUACAAGAGUACCACCAUCGUGCCGGUCACCAAGCCAAGAACGAUCGACGAUGCAUCAAACAACCUAAAACGUCGAACGACACUCAAGAACGCGACUCGUAAUUCCAUAGCCAGCACUCUGAGAACUGUUCCGUACACGCAAACCACAACGCUCGCACCUGAGAAGCCAACGACUCUGGACAAUCCCGAGUUCUACAGCCUAGGUCCCAUCACGGAGAACCGCGUGACCAACCAGGAGAACGUUCCCGAGAAGAACGAAGCCUGGUCAGGCCUGGUAACCAGUAAGACGAUUCCUAUAAUGAGUUACUAUACCACAUCCACGCAGUCCACCUUGGAGAAGCCCGUGGAAGUAACGCCAGCCUCCAUAAGAAGCAUCGUCACCACUGGUAACCCAGAACGAUCGCCCAGUCAAGCCUCCUACUACUUUUACGAGGAAUCGAACGGCGAACCCACCGUCACCACCGAUCCGAUUUAUUACAAAACCACGACGGAGUCGCCUUUCUACGAGACCGUGACCCAGCCACGUCCCGUGGAGAAGAAAAAACAGUACUACAGCGUCGAGACCGUUCCGUCGCAGGAAACCUCGAAGGACUACAGUUUGAAGUACGUCGACUCGGUGGUGAAAAACUCCGAACCAGUCCGCUACAGCGACUCAACGGUCACGCGAUCCUCGUCGAGGUACGAGAGCGGCUCGACCAGGACUCAGGGUCAACGAAUGCUCCCAGAUCGCGCGCCUCUUUACUAUCAGACCAUAUCUGCCCGCCCAGUCCAGCCUUAUUACACCACGCCUAGGCCGCAGACCUACUACAGGCCUGACAAACCGAAACCUAUCUACCAAUAUAGCUUCCAAGCGGCUGACUACUCGAAACGCGGCAAUCAGAGAACCAACUAUGCACAGCAACCGCAAAACCUUCCUUACAACGAUUAUCCAGAAGUGAAGGCCCCUGGUUACAACGAGCAUCGAUUCGAUUACGAGCAGACCGAGUCCACCCAAAAGAGAUUGAGACCAGAGAGCCUACCCUACAAAAUCCAGCAGCCAGUUUACCCCUCGACGACUGCCAACUCGGUGAUAAACACCACUCCCAAUCCCCAUCUCACUUAUUACACCCACCAGGACGAGAAGCUCCUGGACGACGUCACGAAGGAGUACUUCACGAUCUUCGGCAAGAAACUGCCGCACAAAGGUAUGCCCAGCACCACUCCGAUUUACGUGAAGUCGACCACGGAGAGGCCAGAAUACGAGACGAACAGGUACGUCGAGAACGACUACAACAACGCAGAGGCACCCGUCUUCAAGACACCUAACGUGAAAGUGCACUAUGGCGACCAGUCGCAGAAACCGUAUUCCCUUAAAGAUGACAUUCUCGUCAACUACAGACAGCCUCUGCCUCCUAUCGAUCCGGACAGCGAGUUCAUCACGGUGGUCGACCCUAAUCGACAACAACCACCUAAUUACAGGGUACCAGAACGAGACAGGGAGCCCCUGGCGCCUCUUCGAGCCUACGCGCCUGAACCCCUGGUGAACCCAGCGCAUGGACCGUCGACGAAUUAUGUGCCCAUAGCAGACUCUCCAGAGGAGCUCGACGAAUCUUACCCACAAUUGCCAAUUUCUCUGGAGGAUGAUAUAAAAGUCAACUAUCGUGAUCCACGACCCACCAUCGAUCCAGACGCGGAAUUCAUCGAUCCUCUUCCCGUGCCAGAAAACAACCAGCCAGGGAAGCCAAAGGCCUACUUCGCAUACAGAUUGCCAGGCGAUGGAGGUCAUUUUUACUUCUUGACGCCCCAGGCUGUCGCCCAGAGGCCUGAGCGGAACACGGGGCACCUUUACUCAAAAUCGAGGGGCACGAGACUGCUGAGACGUCGACGGCGACCUGGCAACGUUUGAUCCUCCCACGCCAUAUAACCAUUUAGGAUUUACGAAGAAGACGUUCGUCGAGAGAGACGUAUCGUUAGGAUAUUAUUUAUACGUGUAAAUAUUAUACGCAACAGGGUUGGAAACGUUUUUAACCAGGUGACGAAUAACGUUUCGGAAGUCCUUCGAGUGAAUAAAGCUGUUCGAAUAAACUGCUUUAUCUAUACAAUUAUCUAGUUCAACAAUCGCUCGAAUAAAAAUGUUUUGUCUAGAUAAAGAUUGACUCGAAUAAAAAUGUUUUACCUGGAUAAUUAUCUCGAUAAAGAUUUAUUCGAAUAACUUCCAACUCUGAUAUGCAUCGACUAGAGUAGAUGAUUGUCAACGCCUUGCUUGCGUUAUGAAUGCUUAAUUUAUAUGCGACCCUAACUAUCCCCCCCCCCUACCCCCCACGAGCUUCAGAUUACCGAUGCAGACGCGAGAUACUCGUUCGCGUGCGACGAUAGGUGUGUUACGCGGUUAUGAGCGAUACUCCGUCGCGUACUCGCGCAUUGUCUGUGAUUAAUGGUCGAGGUGAACGCGUACAUGUACAUAGUUAAUGAUUAACGAUAGCGAUAAGUCGUUCGUAGGUUGCACUGGCGGUCAUUUUUUGUAGAUCGUCGGUGCGAAAUAUAACGCGUCGUUCGAUGAGCGUUAAAUGGAGAUUUCAAGCAUGAAAUUCUUCCAGAACUAGCGUUAAACUUUCGAAAUACGGAGAAAUACAGUCGCGUGGUCGAAACGAAAUUAACUGACCACUGAAGGUCACCGAAGCAUCUCCCACCGCUCUAUGCUAUCGGUACAACCUUCGAAAUAGCCGAUAAUUCUCCGAGUGACGAUUAAAGAUACCCAUUCGAACAGUAAGAAUAGAGUAGCGUUAUAUAAUUAAAAUGUAAUUCAUUGGCCGCUCAAGGUCAACUCUCAUCAGACGUCGUGCCAGACGCGAUACCCACUUUCACGCCAGGCCAUCUUGCCUCCUUAUUUGAGAGACAAAGAGAAUGUGCCUGCAGAAUCGAGUUGCGCAGUAACUAAUUAUCUUUUCAUUACUGACUCCUUCUGGUCAAUGGAGAUUAUUAAAAAACAAAGUCGAACGCCCAUAGGGGUCAAUGACAUCGGAAGAGUUAACGCUGUAAACAUAUCCGGUUGAGAGACUUAGUAUUAGGAAAAACAUCGAAACUCGAAUGUAAUAUCGUUAAUAGUGACAUUUGAUAGUGAUUAUUAUUUUGUGUUAAAUCUCUACUACUGCUAUGUAAAUUGUAUCGAUCAAUUGCGAAACUGUACUACCGUUUGUUAUAAAAUCGUUCACGUAAAAUAGUGUAAAUAUAUACGUAGACCACUUUCAAUGCUCUAUUAAAUAUGUAAGACGUUAUUGUUAUUAUACGAUUAAACUAGUUUUGUAAAAGAAACUGAAUCUUUUUAAAAGAUGCAUGACCUCCAAUGUAAUGCCAAGUUAUCCUUGAAAGUUCAGUUAUUUAAAUUUGAAAAUAAAAUAAAUAAAUAAACAGUAAACUCCAUCGUUUCAACUACCUGUUAUACCUUGUGCACGUAUGGAAUAUAAACAAAUAUACGCAUCGUAGUUGUAGUCGAUCGAUAAAAAAAAAAGAAAAACAACAUGCACGGAAUGCAG